AUGGCCGUCGUUAUUGAUGUCGGGUGUUCCCUCUUCAUAUUUUUUCCCCUCUCCCUCUCCCCCCUAUCUCCCUCUCCCUCCCUCGGUUCAUCACACACGAAUGGCGGUGGUGGCGGUGCUGAUGGCAGUACUCGCGCUCAUAGUGAUGACAGUAGAUGCUUGCCGACGGGAGGUUCAGCCUCCUCCUCCACCUCCUCCGGAAGAAUAUACAUUCCGCAACGCAGCGAAAGUGGGUCACAAUAUAGGCCAGAGACUCAGCAGAAUUACCAAUACAUAACGGAGGAGGAGAGGAGGAUAGAAGAGAAGAGAAGAGAAGAAGAAGAAGAGAGAAUAGGAGGGGAGGGGGAGAGAAGGAGGAGUGAGGAGGAAUGGAAGAAUGAAGAGGUAGGAGGAGAGGAAGAGGAGCCAGGAAGACGAAGAAAGGAGGAGCAGAGGACAUCUACACGAAGGAAGAUGGAGGAGGAGGAGGAGGAGGAGGACCAGGAGCAGGAACAGAAGAAGAAGAAGAAGAAGAAAGAGAAGAAGACGACGAAGCCGACCAUACCCUCGUAA